CAUUUAUUAUUACUAGAUGGCUUUAAUCAACCACUUAGUUUUAUACCACACACGGUAGAAGUUUUGGGUUUACAAAACAUCAAGUAUCAAUUAGUACCUGAUUCAAUUCCUGCAACAGUUAUACAUUUAUUCUUACUUGAUGACUUUAAUCAACCACUUAAUUUUAUACCACCCACCGUGAAAAACUUGUAUUUACAUAACAUCAAAUAUCAAUUAAUGCCUGGUUCAAUUCCUAAAACGGUUACAGAAUUAUAUUUACAAGAUGGCUUUAAUCAACCACUUGAUUUUAUACCACACACGGUAGAAGUUUUGGGUUUACAAAACAUCAAGUAUCAAUUAAUACCAGAUUCAAUUCCAGUAACAGUUAUACAUUUAAUUUUACGAUAUAACUUUGAUCAACCGCUUAAUUUUAUACCACCCACAGUAAAAGUUUUGGAGUUACAUAACAUCAAGUAUCAAUUAAUGCCUGGUUCAAUUCCUAAAACGGUUACAGAAUUAUAUUUACAAGAUGGCUUUAAUCAACCACUUAAUUUUAUACCACACACGGCAGAAGUUUUGGGUUUACAAAACAUCAAGUAUCAAUUAGUACCUGAUUCAAUUCCUGCAACAGUUAUACAUUUAUUCUUACUAGAUGACUUUAAUCAACCACUUAAUUUUAUACCACCCACCGUAAAAGUUUUGGAGUUACAUAACAUAAAGUAUCAAUUAAUACCUGGUUCAAUUCCAAAUCAUUUAACUACUCUUAGAUUUGAUGGAGGUUUCUCUCAACGUUUUACAAAAGGUAUUAUCCCUAAAUCCAUAAGUUAUAUAUAUAUGGGAAACAUCAAAUAUCAAUUAAUUCCUGAUUCAAUUCCUGCAACAGUUACAGAAUUAUCUUUACUUGAUGGCUUUAAUCAACAGCUUAAUUUUAUACCACCCACCGUAGAGUUGUUGCAUUUAGGAAACAUCAAAUAUCAAUUAAUUCCUGAUUCAAUUCCUGCAACAGUCACACAUUUUUAUUUACUUGAUGGCUUUAAUCAACCACUUAAUUUUAUACCACCCACCGUAAAAUGGUUGCAUUUAGGAAACAUCAAAUAUCAAUUAAUUCCUGAUUCAAUUCCUGCAACAGUUACACGUUUAUAUUUACUUGAUGGCUUUGAUCAACCACUUAAUUUUAUACCACCCACCGUAAAAAGUUUGUAUUUAGAAAACAUCAAGUAUCAAUUAAUACCUGGUUCAAUUCCAGAAACAGUUACACGUUUUAUCUUUAGAAGAUGGCUUUGA